AUGGCGAAAGCCAAGGCCGACUACAACAGAGAGAAGGCGGAGAGCCUCCGGCUGCUUGCUGAGGAGCAAGUCGCCGAGACGGCUCGGGCAGCGAGGGAGGCGCGAGCUUCCCUUCGCAAAAGCCCCACACUGGCUGCAGAGGAUGCAGCGAGGACGAGCGCGGCGCUGAGCGCUAGCGUGGAGAAGUCGCUGGAGACCAUUUCAAUGGUCGCCAGCAAAUCCUCCAACCUUAAGGGGACUUUUCAGCGGUACCUCAAGGAGGCGGUCGCCAACAUAAAGGAGGCCGUCGCCGACAUGAGGGACCGCUGCCAAAAUGAGGAGAUACGGGCUCUGGAAGCGCAGAACCAGCAGCUCCAACAGCAAAUCGGCAACAUGCGCCGGGAGCUAGAGGAGCUGCGGCGUCAGGUUUCCAAACCCGCCACGGACGAGAUGCAGAAGCUGUUGUCGGAGGUCUCACGCUCCAACAUUGAGACCUUCGGCAACAUGCUGAAUGCGCGACUCGCCGGCCUGGAGGAUCGUCUCCUACCAGAGCCGAGGCGGAGGCCGCCGCUUGCUUCUGAUGCAGCGGUGGAGGCGCCGGUCGAGGGGGGACCACCGGUAGCUGCAAGCAAGCUACCGGUUAAAAAGAAGAAAAAGACGGCAACGCAAGCGGCAGGGCCAUCACAGGCACCCGCCACCAGCGUGCCGCCCAAGGAAGGAGGGAAGAAAAGGAGGAAGAAGAAGUCGCUGGCCGCACGUGAGGCUGAACAGACGAGGGCACGAACAUCCGCCCCAUCUGCGACUGACCCCUCGUGGUCCACUGUGGAACCGCGGGGGAGAAAAGAGAAGAAAGGAAAGGGAGCUGCCAAAAAGGCAGCCCCCAAGAGAAAAAAGAAGGGGAAGCUGCGUCCGCGAAGGUCCGCCGCCAUUACUCUCACGCUGGAGAAGGGGGUGGACCAGAGCGUGACGUACGCUUCCAUACUCAAGGAGGCGACGAGCCGGAUCGACCUUGAGGCGGUAGGAAUCUACCAGAGAAGCAACAAGGUUCGAUUCCGGCUAGCGAGGACGGGCGCCCGAAUACUUGAAGUGUCCGGGGAGGACGCCCAGCUAAGGGCGGAUGCCCUUGCAAACAAAUUGAGGGAGGUCCUGGACAGGGACGCGGUGAAGAUCGCUCGCCCUGUCCAAAGGGUGGAUGUACUCGUCUCCGGCAUGGACGACGCAGCGACCGCCGCCGAUGUCACCAAGGCGGCGGCAAAAGAAGGCGGCUGCCCGGCCACCGAUAUCCGGACGGGCAGAAUGACGGUGGGCCCCAGGGGCGCGCGGAGCUUGUGGCUCCACGUCCCCACGGCGGCCGCCAAGAAGUUGGUAACUUCUGGGCGGCUGCAGGUAGGCUGGGUCAUGGCGAAGGUAGUGCUGCUGGCCGCGAGGCCAAUGCGGUGCUACCGAUGCUUAGACACCGGCCACCUGGCAUCGAGUUGCCAGUCCCUGGUGGACCGUAGCGGAGAUUGCUUCCGUUGCGGGAAGCCGGGGCACAAGGCCGCCGACUGCGCGGAGGAGAAGCCAAGCUGCUUCUUCUGCGCAGAGCUCGGGAAGGAGAGCGCCCACGUGCUGGGAGGUAGCGGCUGCAUAACAGCGGCGAAAAAGCUGCCCUCCGGCGCGAGGAGGAAGAGGAAGGCUCCCUCUAAGGCUCGGCUGCGUAAGCGGCCUGGAGCCGAUGAGGCAGGGGCGAGUCAGAACGCCCCCGCCAUGGAGGUGGAAGCCUAG